CACCAGAGGAGCGCUGAUGAAGCCCAGCUGAGACGAUGUUUGUGAUAUCUGUGGGUGUUUAUUGAUGAAAUCCACGGCACGGCGCUAUUGUGAUGCUUUUGAUCUUUAAAAAAAAUACUCGCUAAGCUCGCUUAAUGGUUUAUGAAAUGUCAGUCAAUGUGCUCUUUCGACCUAUAUUUUUUACAUCUUUUGUCAGAGCGUGAGCUAUCGCUUUGACAUCUGCUGCAUUUUGCGCUCUGCAAUGGAGACGCAUUCAAGCGUGCUUUCGAGGAGAUGGCACCUCUCUCUUCUCGUCCUCCCAGCGAUGUGGACCGUCGCCUUAGCUGUAACACGAUACUCCAUCCCCGAAGAAAUUCCAGUGGGCUCCGUGGUCGCAAACAUCGCCUCCGAUCUGGGCCUCGACGCGAACAGCCUCGCGGAGCGAAAGGUAAAGCUGGAUCAUAUUCAUAGCAAGAAAUACCUAGAGAUAAAUAAAGACACCGGAGAACUGUUUAUAGCCGAGAAAAUUGACAGGGAGUAUUUAUGCCCCGCCAAGACAUCAUCAUUUUGUUUUCUAAAGAUGGAUGUGAUUAUCGAGAGUCCAAUACGCAUCUUUAAUAUCGAAUUGGAAAUUAUGGACAUAAAUGACAAUGCGCCUCAGUUCAGGAGGGAGAGGAUACCGCUUGAUAUUUCGGAAUCAGCGACGCCCGGGGAGAGGUUAUCUUUAACGAAUGCAGUGGAUGCUGAUGUGGGAGAAAACUCUAUCGAAACCUAUUAUCUGAGUGAGAGCGAUGAGUUUACUAUUGAGAUUCAGUCUGGGAGUGAUGGAACUAAAUACGUGGACCUGGUACUCAAAGCAAAUUUAGAUAGAGAAAAGCAAGCUGUGCAUACGUUGACCCUCACCGCUGUGGAUGGUGGCAUACCUGCUCGGUCCGGUACAGCCAGUAUUAUUAUUAAAGUGUUGGACACCAACGAUAACGCGCCACAGUUCGAUCUGCAAGUUUACUCGGUUGAUCUGAUCGAAAAUGCACCUGCUGGGACACUUAUAUUGCAGCUGAACGCAACAGAUUUGGACGAGGGUACGAACGCAGAAAUUGCUUACUCCUUUACUUUGUAUACGCCUGAGAAAACGCAGGAAAAGUUCUCUCUAGAUCCCAAAAGCGGAGAAAUAAGAGUAAAAGACGUGAUUGAUUUCGAAGAGGUUAAAAGCUUUGAGAUGUAUGUGGAAGCCAAAGACAAGGCAGUAAAUCCCCUGUCUGGUCAAUGUAAAAUAUUAGUAUUCAUCACUGAUCUAAAUGACAACUAUCCUGAAAUUACAAUUAAUUCAUUUCAAGGUUCAAUCAAAGAAAGCGACCCUAUAGGAACUGUAAUAGCUGUCAUCAGUGUCAGUGACAGGGAUUCUGGAGAUAAUGGCAAACUUCUUAUCUCAAUUCAGAAUGCUGAGAUGUUACCUUUUGGGCUGAACAAGUCAUCCGAGGACUUUUUUGCUCUAACUGUCACAGAGUCACUAGACCGUGAGAAAAUCCCUAAAUACGACAUCGUACUCCAUGUGACGGACAGAGGAACUCCACCCCUGAACGAUAAUGAAAUGAUCAGUGUUGAAAUUCAAGAUGUCAACGAUAAUGCUCCUGUGUUUUCCCAAACCCACUAUACUAUUCAUUUAUUGGAAAACAAUGAACCUGGGGCUUUGUUAGCUUCUCUCACAGCUCAUGACCCAGAUCUACAUGAAAAUCAGUAUCUUGUUUACGUCAUCAUUGAAAAAGAGAUCGCCAACACGUCGAUAUCCAUGCUGUUUUCUAUCAACCCCGAGAACGGAAACCUCUACGCUCUACGCACGUUUGACUACGAAAGAGAAAAGGAGUUUCUGUUUCACAUCGAAGCAAGAGACUCUGGAGUCCCUUCGCUUAGCAGUAAUGUCACUGUACACAUCAUCGUUCUGGACCAAAACGACAACACCCCACUUAUAGUUUCCCCGUGGCGCCCACAGGGCUCUGUCAUUGAGGAAAUAAUCCCAAGAUCAGCUGAUAAAGGAUCUCUUGUCACCAAGGUGAUCGCACUGGACGCCGAUUCAAUGCAGAACUCCCGUAUAACAUAUCAGUUUCUGCAAAUCACGGACACAACGCUGUUCAGCUUGGAUCAGUACAACGGUGAGGUUCGAACCACACGCAUGUUCAGCUACAGGGACCCCAAACAUCAACGGCUGGUCAUCAUUGCCAGAGACAACGGAGAACCUCCUCGCUCAGCCACAGUGACCAUCAAGGUGUCCACGGUGGAACAGAUGGUGACACAGUUCACAGAAACCACAGAGGUGCCUAUAGAAUACGAUCUGUUCACAGAUUUAAACCUGUAUUUGUUGAUCGGUUUGGGCUCAGUGUUGUUUCUGCUGCUCAUCACUAUUCUGGUCAUCUGUGUGCUAAAAUGUCAAGAACCCAAACCUUCGAAAGCAGCUACCCAGGGUAGGAACAGCAUCAUUAGCCAGAGGAACUCAACCAUUGCUGACUCUACUCUUAUCUCGAGUGAUGCCUAUUGGUACAGUCUAUUUCUGGCAGAGACUAGAAAAGGGAAGGUGGUGGUACGACAGCCCCUCCCUAAUGGCGCAGGGUUUAUUGUGUCAAGUAUCCCAGGAAGUGCUGCUCUUACAGAGACCAGCGCGUCAAGAUCCACAUUACAGGAAUCGAGUAGUGAUUUACCCUGAUCUGACUGCUGGACUACAGCUGGAUCUUUUGCCUGGAUCAUUAUCCAUGAGGGGAGCUUGAUCAUCUGUUUUACCCCUUACUUCAAAUCCAGACAGUGUCAACAAUAAGUUACCACAUUGAGCAUGACAUUGCAUGGCUAGGCCAAAAAAGGACCUUCGACCUAUCUUUAAGACCUCUAAAUAGUCCUGCACAGAGGACAAAGUAAUACUUCCUGAUAACUGAACCGAUAUUCAACGGAAAGAAUCUCAUUCAUUCAUUUUGGACUUUUAGAUGUUUUUUUUGUGACAUGAAGUGCACAGAAUAUGCCAAACAAAAAGACUGUUUUUCAAUGUUCUGGAAUUUAUUGUAUCUUAUUUUUACAUGGUUGAAACAUGCUGAGGAGAAAGCUGUGACUGAUGAGCACAAUCUAAGAAGUCAGACAUUGCCUAUACCUCAAAGCACUUGGUUUGAAAGCUAUGUGGUGCAUAUACAGUAUAUAAAGUACAUUAAAAAAAUGCUAUUUACUAAAUUGAUCGAUUUUGAAAAUUCAACUACAGUAUUUUAAAUUCUAGACAGAUGUUAAAAUAAUAAUUACAUUUUACAGAAAAACAGGACACUAACCAUUUAGUGCAAAUCCAUUACUCAUCUUGGCACAAACAGAAAUGAUCAACGAUAAUAAUAGUUAUUAAACAUUUAGUUCUUUUUUGUACAAGAGUUUAAAAGCAUACUGUUAACUUGCUAUUCAGUAUCAGUUUUGAGUUUGUUUACUGGAGUUUUUGAGGUUUUUAAUUGUUUUGUACUCUAAAAUGAAAAGAGCUUCUUUAAUGCUACUUCUUAUAUGAAUUAAAUGUUGUAUGGAUUUAUUAUUACUGGUAAAAAAUAUUCAAAAAUUCAUUAUAUCAAUUAUUAGAAAGAUGGAAAUGUGAUUUCAAAAUGUUUUAAACUCAACUCAUGUGAGAAAACUUUGUAGAAAUAUUGAUCACUUGGGAAUUUUAUUUAAACACAGAAUUUUAACACUAAGGGGGCGGCUUCCCGGACAGGGCUUAAUAGUACCAGACUAACUGAAAUGUUCGAGGCAUCUUAAACGAAAACAACUUACACUGGCAUAUCUUAAAAUAUAUCAGUGCGAUUAUUUUGUCUCAAGAUGCACACCAGUAUUGUUUUUUUGUAAAGUAUGUUUUUUUAACAACUUAAAUAUCCUAAUUUAACUAAGGCCUAGACCUGGUUUAAGGUAAUCCUUGUUCGGGAAAACGCCCCAUAUAUCAAACAAGUAAAGUGCUGUGUGCCUUUAGCUGUUUGGUUAAGGGUGAGAAAUAAAGUGUGCCUGUAAUUAUUGCCUGGAGGGACCUUAAGGUUAAAAUUACUUUGGUCCCUACCUGAUGAACUUACAGAAUGAGUCUUAAACUCUUUCCCCACAAAUGGACAUUUUUAUCUUCCUGACAUAUCUUGGGUUUCUCAUUGUGUUUACGUUUUUGUUGCCUUAUUUGCAAAACAUCCUUAUGCAAACAAAUAACCAAUGCCUUUGUGUCCCCUCAUUUGCUUACAGCAAUGUGAAUAAAAGCCUUUACAGUA